CCAGUGUGACGCGAGCGCCGUGCGCAGAGGCAGUUUUAACGAUUUGGUGAACCAAAACGACACAGAACUGCUUUUCAUCGAGUGAAAGUGCUAGGAUCCGUGAAACGUGAUAAGUGUUUUAGUAAACAAUCUUACAACUAGUUCUUUGUGCGUUAAAGUGAAAUAUUUCUGAUCUGUGGAUGACACGGUGACAGAAGUGUAAUAAAUGUGCUAAGUGAGUGAUGCGGUGCAGUGUAGUGUCACCACAAAUGCGGCGGCGACGGUUCCCCCCCACCGCCGUGCAGUGACCACGCAGCCAUGCUUACAAAGACGUUGUGGAUAUUCCUGAUAGGAUGCUUAGCGUUCGCAUCGCCUCAAAUACUGGACCUGCAGAACCUGCAGAACCUACUGCAGGUUCCACGGCUCUGGUACGCGCGGACCACGGACCCCAAGGGCACCGAGGUGGCCAGGGCGUUCAUGGCCGCCACGGGGGACCAGGCCGUGAACUAUUACCUGGACACCCGCGGCCCUCCUGCGCCGUUCGCGAUCAACUCCCGCACAGGAGUCGUCACUGUCAAUGACACACUUAUGGAUAAGGAAAACCGAUCUUACUCAUUAUGGGUAUAUGCAGACGAUGGCGUGUUACCAAAAAAACUAGAAAUUUUGGCUUCAAUCACCGACGCUAGUGGAAAACAGAACAAAGUGGGGCACCCCCCACCUUUCCCUCCUAAUUUCCCAGAAAUCUUCACUGCUCCGCCUCUGAAGCCGAUUCAAAGACCAACCAAAGUAACUGAAGAAGUUUUUGAAGAAACUACAGUACCUGAUAUAACUACAACAACUGCGACAUCAGUUCAGACAACUGUUAAAAUAGAAGGACGUAACGAGACACACAAAGACAAUAAUAUAAUAAAAGACAUAACGGAAUCACCUGAUGUAAAUAAUAAUGACGUGUCAUUUGCUACUAUGAUACCGUUGAUUGCUAUCGGUGGACUUGUCGUUAUUGUAGUUGCAGUUAUUAUCUUCGUUUGGAAGAGGAAUCAUGGACAGAAGGAGCCGAGCAAGAAGGACGAUAUGAGCAAAGACUCGACUGGCAUCGUUCUGCAAGAGCCGACCCUGAACUGGGACCGGCCGCGCGCCUACUCCAACCGGUACGAGGCGUGGGACAACGGCCACUUGCAGUUAUCAGAGGAGACCACGAUCACGAAGGAUGAACCGACCGAUGAUUGGGAGUUCCCGCGGCAUCGACUCAGGAUCUUCAACAUCGUGGGCGAGGGUGCCUUCGGACAGGUCUGGCGUGCUCAAGCUAUCGACAUCGAUGGCAAGAAAGGCGAGCAGACAGUGGCAGUGAAGACGCUGAAAGAGAAUGCGUCUGAGAAGGAGAAGACUGACCUCGUGCAGGAGCUCAUUGUGAUGAAGAACCUCGGAACCCACCCCAACGUUGUCAGGCUUAUAGGAUGCUGCACUGAAAAGGAGCCAACCCUAGUAAUAAUGGAGUUUGUUAGUCUCGGGAAACUCCAACAGUUUCUGCGGGACUCUCGAGCCGAACGACACUACGGCAACACUCACGCCGGCAGUCAAUUCUUGACCUCACGAGACCUCACCCACUUCGCCUACCAGGUGGCCCGCGGUAUGGAUUUCCUCAGUUCAAAAGGGAUAAUCCACCGGGACCUGGCAGCGAGGAACGUGCUCAUCACAGAGGAGCGCAUGUGCAAAGUGGCCGACUUCGGGUUCGCGCGCGACGUGGCCGGCACACACGUGUACGAGAGGAAGAGCGAUGGCCGCCUCCCUAUACGGUGGAUGGCUCCUGAAUCGCUGUACGAUGACAUAUUUAGUGUUAAAUCUGAUAUCUGGAGCUUCGGUGUUCUUCUGUGGGAGAUCGUCACACUUGGAUCUACGCCGUACCCUGGAUUGUCAGCGGGUGACGUCAUGAGGAAGGUCCGCGAAGGUCACCGCCUCGAAAAACCCGAGCAUUGUCGCCGGGAGCUCUACAACAUCAUGUACUACUGUUGGGAGGCCGAAGCCUCCUCCCGGCCCGACUUCAAGGAAGUCGUCUCCAUGCUCGAACGGCUACUGUGCACCGAAACAGACUACAUCGAACUCGAGAGGUUCCCCGACCAUUCAUACUAUAAUGUGCAGCAUCUGGACGGCGAGAAACUUUAGCAGUUUGAAUUUGGAACUGUGUGAAUGAGCGAAGCCAAUUAUGAUAAUGUUAUGGAAAUUAAUUGGAGCGUUUUUGUGCCGCAUGCUGUUGAGAUAAGCUUGGCUGUAAAAUGUUCAACUCUAAAUGAACCUUCUAUUGUUGUUUAUAAAAGCAACAUAGUGUAGAUAACUAAAUGAAAUGUAAAUGGUGUUGUGAGUGUAGAUUCUGGAGUCAGUUGCUUUUUGAUUUUUAAAUGAUUAGUUUCAAAGAUGACUGGAUCGUUUAAUAACGUAUGCAGAUUAAAAUUUACAUAUUUUUUAUGCAAAAUAACUUCUAUCAUGCAGUUUUUACUACAGAACUUGAACAAAAAGUGAUCUGGCGUUAAUAGAUGAAGAUCUGAUCUGAGUUAAGUAUAGCUUCAAUUUUUACUAAAACUUUAUACCUAUAGCCCCUCAAAGAGUUAUCUAUUAACUCUGGUUCAGUGUUAUUUAAUAGAUUUAACUACAGCCUCCCAUAGCCCUACAAAAUGAGGUGCGUAGGCUAGAAUAUUUUUUAAAUCAACAAAUGCAUUAACCAUGCACUCAAAACUGGAGGAAGAGUUUUGUUUUGAAAAGGCAUAAAGCUCAGUUGUUGUUGUUGGUGUUGAUGUUUGUGUUGUUGUUGUGAACGAAAAAAAAAGAUUAUUACCGCGACGCGCAAUAAACCUAUGUGAUGCAGCAAGAUCUGCGCAAAUUUAUCACAUAAAACAAAUCUUCAGACUCUGCGCAGGCGGCGGAUUGAACGGCCAAUUUAUUUUCAGCACCUAAAAUAUCAACUUCAGAUUGAAUUGCCUAAAAUUUUGCAUAAUGUGCGUCCAUUUUACUUAAACGCACUUAGAGUUCUAUCACGUUAACCAAUCUACUUUACUACAUAGUUAAUGGAUUUGGUUAACGUUCCCUUACCCGCGCCACGCAUACGAAUAAAACCCUUUAUAGUCCGCCGACAUUGUGUUGAGCUAUGGGAAAAUGGGUUAAACUCCUUUACUUUUAUAUGUAUAAACUUAACUAAAUGGUGUUAAAUUUGUAUAUGAAUAGUAAUUAAAUUAAAAAAAGUCUUUAAUGAAAUGUGAACUUAACUGCGAGACUUUUUUACUCUAGUUUGCAUCCCUUUUGUGUUGUAUGUGAAAGGAAAAAGAUGCAACACGAAUAUCUAUCAAAUAGCCAUGUGAAAUGUCAGCAUAACGUGUUGUACCGAGGUGUAUAAUUGCUGUCAGCAUUUUUAGUGUUCCGUACAAAACUUUGUUCACGGAACACUUAUUUUUUAAUAAUACCUAUCUGAUUAUAAUAUAAUGCAAUGUUUUUAGCAAAAAAGAAAUAAAAUAAAGCGACAGCGAACGAUGGUAGGAUAGCAAUGUGAAUUGGAUAAAUGUUAGAUUAAAGUAAAAACUAUGGCAAUAAAGUACAGAUACUUAAUUCUUAAGAUAACAUUUAAGAUUUCGUUAUAUAGGUAUGUAAUUCAAUCUACGUAGUUGCUAGUCUUUAGAUAUAGGGAUGUAAUAAUAAGUAUAAAUUUAGUAUACUUACAUUAUAAAUAUUUGUACAGUUAAAAUAGUGUUGUGAGUGUUGUGACGAUGGUUUUGUAAUUUAUGCACGUCAUGAAUAUACGUUUGUUAAAAAUA